AUUUUCGUUUCAUUUUGUUUAUUUUAUUAAUUUUCUAAAAAUCUCACUCCAAAACCAUAUCUGUUUCUCGGAGCUAAAUAUUUUCGUGGCAAACAGACAGCUCUCUCGGGAAGGUUUUUGCUGCUGUGACCGUUCUCCUCUUUCUUCCUUCUCCUGGUUCCAAAGUUCUUGAAACCGUACCUAAUAGACUGACUCUGUGAAGUGGAAUGGCUAUUUCAUCUUCGUUUUUCGCAUGUUCAUUGCAGGGGAGCGUGGCUGCUCCCAAAACAUUAAAUUGGUACAAAGAGCUUUCGUGCAAUCCUUCAAAUCUUUUCUUCAAGCAAUCAGGAUGCAUCAAGUCAAUGUAUCAGUCACAUUCGAGGUUAUUACCCCAUAGUAUACUAUCAAAAUGGGAACAAACUGACCGAUUCGACAGAAUCCAGUGCCAUUCAUUGGAAGUUGAGACUGCACCUUCUUUUUCCAUAGGGAAGAAAUUUCAACUUGAUGAUAUAAUUGAAGCCCAACAAUUUAAUAGGGAUAUUCUCAGUGCCAUAUUUGAAGUUGCGAAUGACAUGGAGAAGAUAGAAAAUAAUUAUCCCGGAAGCCAAAUCCUUAAGGGUUAUCUUAUGGCUACUCUCUUUUACGAGCCAUCCACUAGGACUAGGCUUUCAUUUGAGUCUGCCAUGAAACGGUUAGGUGGGGAAGUUUUGACAACAGAAAAUGCACGGGAGUUUUCAUCAGCAGCUAAAGGUGAAACACUUGAAGAUACUAUAAGGACAGUUGAGGGUUAUUCUGAUAUAAUUGUGAUGCGGCACUUUGAAAGUGGUGCUGCCAAAAGAGCAGCAGCUAUAGCUGGCAUUCCUAUUAUUAAUGCUGGCGAUGGUCCUGGGCAACAUCCUACACAGGCUCUUUUGGAUGUCUAUACUAUUGAAAGAGAGGUAGGAAAACUAGAUGGCAUCAAAGUUGCGCUAGUGGGUGACCUUGCCAAUGGAAGGACUGUCCGCUCACUUGCUUACUUGCUUGCCAAGUACCAAGAUGUGAGGAUUUACUUUGUCUCUCCCGAUGUGGUAGAAAUGAAGGAUGAUAUAAAAGCCUACUUGACAUCUCAGGGAGUGGAGUGGGAAGAAAGCUCUGAUUUAAUGGAAGUGGCUUCUGAGUGUGAUGUAGUGUAUCAAACUCGUAUUCAGAAAGAAAGGUUUGGAGAGAGACUCGACCUCUAUGAAGAAGCUCGAGGCAAGUACAUCGUUGAUCAGGCUGUCUUGGAUGUUAUGCAGAAGCAUGCUGUGGUCAUGCAUCCUCUCCCCAGGCUUGAUGAGAUUACUGUGGAAGUUGAUAGGGAUCCAAGGGCUGCUUAUUUUAGACAAGCAAAGAAUGGUCUCUAUAUUCGGAUGGCGCUCUUGAAACUCUUACUUCUUGGGUGGUAAAGAUGCCUUCACAUACAUUCUCGAAUUCUGACUCGAAAAGCUUAGGUUUCAUGGUUUAAUUUCGUUUGAAGAUUAAAAAAAAUUAAAUCAUGUUCGAACGAGUUAUGAUUGCCGAAGCUGCGAGGAUUAAUUGGGUUUGGACGAGUGAACUUAAGGAAGGUUUUUCCUGUUUU